AGGCCAGUUACCUGUCUAUGGGAUGAAAGCAAACCAUUUGGAAGCUCAGAGAAGAGGGAAAAUCAAUCAGAGCUAUUGCACAAACAUUGGGCCUAGCCAAUGCAACAAUUUGGAAUGUCCUGAAAAAGAAAGAACCUACUGGUGUACCGAGUAACGGACAACAGACGGGUCGGUCAAACGUAUACAACAAAUACAACCUGGCCGUUCUAAUACUUUUGGAGGGGAAUGUAUCCGUGCCAGCAAUGUAUCGUGAGUGAGAGGCAAAACAAUUGAAUACUCCUCCAUAUUUGUUGUAAACAUUUUUGAACCAGCGCUUUGUCAUUCCCCUCACCUGAAGAUCUCUUAUUCAGCACAGUGAUUGGGAGUUGGCCUAAAAUGAACCUGUCACGUUAUUGUUUUGAAGUGCAGACGAGUACGCUUGAUGACGGUGGCGAAAUACUGCAGUCACAACCAUCCUGCUUUUAUUGCCUAGUGCUGUGCUGACCCCGUGUGGACAAAAGAAGGUACAACGGCCAAAUGACGUUCCAGAGAAUUUAAAGACGAGUAGCUUAACCUGUUUGUAUAACCGGUUGUACGCGAUCUUUUUUUUUUCUUCUCAAUAGUCAACCAUCUAGCUAAAUAUUUCAUACAUUGGACACCGGGAGCUGCAGCACAAUUCGAACCUUUUGGCAGUGUGUGCGCGCUCCCUGCACCACACGCUGAUGGUGAUGAUGAUGAUGAUGAUGAUGAUGAUGAUGAUGAUGAUGGGUGGACCGAGCGGAGGUGGACCGGUAGGGCUCAUUUCCUCAUCUGGCUUCACCGCAGCGUCAGGCACCCCGAAGCCCUUGCACCCUGCACCCCCCUCCUUCCUCCCUGCAACCCUGGCCGCAAGACCGGAUCACAAGCCCGCAGAAGCCUGAUCCAAUGUAUUAUUUACGCGCCAAACUUCAGCAACUCAUCCACCGGAUAUGGCUGCCGGUCUGAGGAAGCGUGCGCCGGGGGCAGCCUGGGCAGCAGACCCUGCACCGGCGAGGGAUGCCGGAGGAGGAGGAGGAGGAGGAGAUGAGGGGAGGCGUGCAAGAAGAAGGAGCAGGUGGAGGAGCGGAGCGGUGGGAAUGCCUGCAAAGUGUGCGCUGUCGGCUGGGAUGUUUUUUGUCCUGCUCCGGUGUUCUUUGGCCGCAGAGGAAAAGAACACCUAUGAUGGUUCUGGCUCCUCGUCUUUACCGAGCGACCCCGCAGUCCCAGCUGCUCCUGCUCAUCCUUCAGCUGACCAGCGGGUGCCUUUUGCGGCCCCCCACUCAGAGGCUGGCUCAGAAUCUGAGGGGCAAGGCCUAUCGGGCCUACCUGCCUUUUCAUCUGUCUUAUCUCUCAUGGCGGAAACUGUCAAACACCCAGAGAGCCUUGGUCGUAGUCGAACUUCCCCGACACUCUCCACUGAUAGCAAAAUCACUCGAUGGCCUUCACACAGUUCCAGCCGAGACUCAGAGACGCCGUCUUCAUCGUCCCCAGGAAGUUCAUUGGCGGAGAAGGACAAGUUAACAUCGAGAGUGUCUGCGCCCGCUGCUCCCAAAGAGGCCAGACUAUCCCCCUCUAAAUCUACCAGAAUGACUCCUCCUGGGCCCACUGAGAGGACAUCUCAGGUAUCACCUCUGACCGCUCAACAGGACACCACAACAGCCUCUGUGAAACUCAGCACCACAAAUGUGGCUGCAAGCACCACGACAAGAAUGCCCCAGACUUCUACGCCUUCGCAACGAGUCACCACCACACAGUCCAUCCCCACAACCUCGGUGCUGCCUGUGACCGUCUCCUGGAAAACAACCACCAUCGCAACCAUCAGGGUUCCAUCGACCAGGAGACUAUUCAACCCGCCCAUUCUGAGGACGAACCCUCCAAGAGGAGGCACUACUGUCUUCGUCUCCCCUUUUACCACCACCACCGAAGCUCCACCUCAGCAGUGUAAUAUCACUGAAAGAAUGUGGGUGAGAACAGUUGUGUCCAUCUAUGUGAGGAGGAACAGGCUGGACAGCAUCCAGAGGCAGAAUCUACGUCGAGGACUCAGUCAAGGCCUCCAGAAAGCUCUGAAUGAUAGCUCAGCCCAAGCACAGGUGGAGACUGUAUUUGGUUCACCCAACAUGACGGUGGCUUAUCACGUGACUGGAAAAGACAUGGUUUACGUACCCUCCAUGGUGCUUUCGGGUUUGGAUGCAUAUGGGCGCGAUAAGCUGAUUGCAGACCUGCGACAGUACCUCCCCAUGGUUACAGCUCUCCCCAUUCCCGUUGCAAUGUGGAGAACUAGCCCGGCACCCGGCUUCCAGCUGAAAACAGUUCUGCAGUUUGUGGGAGCUGUCGAUGAUCCACGCUCCUGUCAGUUUUCUCAAAUGAUGGAAGAGAGGCUGAAGAAGGUUUUCUCCGAAGCACAAUCCAAAGUACUCGGUGUCCACAGCAAACUGUCUGUACAGAUGCUGAGUGUCUCCCAGGCUGCGGGCUCGUCUGCUGUGUCAUUGGUUUACAGUGUGAAAAAUGGGACUGUCUUUCUUAAUGGCACCACUGCUUCAAACCUUCUUGGUCAGCUGUCCUCUGAGCUGGUGGGCUAUUUCCUCUUCUACCCACCGCUUAUCGUCGCUGAACCGCUGGAGUAUCACAACCUGAACACCUCUAUUGCCACCAGGGACUUUUGGGUUAUCACAGUAAUCCAGGAUGUGGAUAACGCCAGCCUGGCCGAACUGUAUCAAAGCUUUGCCAGUCUGAUGGAACAACGGCUUGCCGAGUUGUUUGUGUUGGCAGGCCAGCAGGGCACUCGCUUCAAACGAGCCACCGCUGUCGGCAGUUACACUGUCCAGAUGGUGAGUCUCAGAAGAGUGCCGGGAAUAAAGAAUCCAGCAGAGAUGACCUACUAUGUGCAGCACAAUGGCAUUCCUCUAGCGGGAGUGUCAGCUGCCAAGGCGCUCAACACGGUGGAUUCUCAGACCAUGGCGCUCACCCUGGGCUACUUUGUUCAACUGCAAGCAGAACCUGUGGUCAAGAACCCUCCAAAUAACCUUUGGAUCAUCGCUGCAGUGUUGGCUCCCAUCGCUGUUGUGACACUCAUCAUUCUCAUAACCACAGCUGUGCUAUGCAGAAGAAACAAAAAAGACUACAAAGCGGAUGCAAUUGGAAACCUGAAUCCACGAGCUAAGAUGGCGUACCGGAGGGACGUCAACUACUACCAUCAGCCAGUUCAAGGUUUUGACUAUGCGAAGCAGCAUUUGGGGCAACAGGGAGGAGACGAGGAGACCCUACCUGCUGGUCAAGAUACUUUGAUGUUGUCCCUGAAAAUUCGCGAUGCACCACUUUCGCUGGAGAAGACCUUGAAACCCGAGGGCACAGUCAACAAGGCGAACCUCGCCACUGACAAAUACAAAAGCAAGUUGUUGAGUGAGGACGGUUCCGUCAUCAGCAGCGAAUCAGAGCUGCGGAAUUCCGUCCGGGGCUUGGCGGCGCCGAAAGUCACAGCGCAGCAGAAACCGAUAAAGGAGGAGACGCGCAAGAGAGACGAUCCAUAUGAUACAUCCUCUGGCUCCCUGCAGCUCAUUUCAAUAAAGCCCAUGACAGCUCAGCUCAACUACUCGCAACAUGUUUCUUCUGACCGUGACUCAGCCAUGCUCAACGGAGAGGUGAACUUAGCCCUCAAGCAGCGGUCGGACAUUGAACAAUACAGGAACAAGCUGAGACUCAAGGCCAAGAAGAGAUAUUACGACAUUCCUCCAAUGGAUGGUAGCAGCUACAGCAGCCAGGCCCUCUCGCAAAAACAGCGGCAUGGCCACGAGAGGGCAGAUCUUGAGGAGGAGCGAAAUUCCACCUACGUCAAGUCUCACGUGAGGCACAAUCAGAUAGGGCAGACGUCGUAUCGCAGCAGGCAGAGCCUCAAUAGUCCAAGUCCUGGAGGAACAGAGAUGGAUUUGCUUGUGAUGAGGGAGAGACCCAGGAAAGGCAUCCGAAACAGCGGCUAUGAUACCGAGCCUGAGUUGAUAGAAGAGACGAAUGUCGACCAUUUAAUGGAUCAGAGGGGCUUCGUGUACGGCCGCGGUCUGAAAGGCCAGUCACAGACGUCCACCCUGAGCUCACAGCCAUCCAUUGAUGAAGUGAGGCAGCAGAUGCACCUGCUCCUGGAGGAGGCAUUCAGUCUGGCCUCGGGGGGACACUCCACAUCCGGGAGGCACUCCCACCACCACCGGCCCCCUUCUGAUCACUACAGCGCCGUUCCAGCUUCACUUCCCUAUGCAGAUGUGGUGACCAGCGCCCCGGGCACUAUAAGCUGUGGUCGUGGAGGACUGCAAUGGAGCCCGUCUUAUGGCUCAGAUGUAUACCAGUGCAGUUUGCCUAAACCAGCCUUUCACUUCACCCAGCUCCCUGAAAUGGCAAUUAGCUCGCCUCCUCCAUUACCACCUCGCACUGGACCACCUCCCAGCACCUCCUUAAGACGUUCCAUCUCUGACCUGGGGCCCAAGGGAAAAAGCUCUCAGACAUCCGUCACGGAAAUGCAGACUCCACAUGACAACAACCCAUAUGGGCCGAGCUCCCGGGCAGCACUUCCAUCCAUCACUAUAGAGCAGCCUGUGUCCAACUACUCAGGAAACCCAAUCACGGCCGUCUAUUCCAUCCCAGCCAGCAGGCCGGGCUACUCGGACUAUUUCGUCUCUGCCUCGUCCACCUCCUACCACAGCCCCUCUUGGAUGUCCUAUCCUCCAGAACCGGAAGAUGUUUCGCAUCAGUGGGCAGAUCCUCUUCCUUUGCCGGGUUAUGUCGAGGCUUUUCCUCAUCCUCGCUACCCACAGGGGAGCCCUUCCAUACUUCCCCUACAGUACACUCAGGCUCUGGACCAACAGCCUGCCGCCCAGAGCACAGCAUCCCAGAAAAGCUUGCAGCAGUCGGGGAUGGACACGGACAGCAUUCCCCUGAGCAACCUCUCCACCUCUGCACUUGUACAUGCUAUACGACAAGAGGUGGCCAAGCUGGCAAAGAAGCAGAGUGACAUGUUCGACUUCUAGUAUGGAUCUUUCCCUUUUCCUGUUCGCCUCGCGUUGGCCCACAACAGACUCAUGACAGUGGCAUUCUUUCAGACUGAUUUUUGAUGUUUGUACUGUAAAAUGACCAGAUCUUAUUAACCCAUGGAUGAAUUGAUUUAUUUUAUUACACCAGUCGGCUGCUGGCAUAAGGCAACACAGUACCAGUAAUUGUAGUUUUGUUAUGGAGAGAAAAAUCUCACCCACUGUAAUUGGUUGUCCGAAGUGGCUGCACACCUCAUUGUAGAUAUGUCUACAGUACAAGAAUACCGAGUGGGGAGGAGAAUAUGCUUAUUUGAAAGGAAGUGAACAGUCAAAAUAAGCUUUGUUUUUACCAAAAGUACCAAACACUUUCUGACAGCCUGUUGACCGCAGUGUAUACACGCAUGUAAGACGAUAUUUUAUCUCAUCUGAUGGCGUCAAAGAGAUUUAGUGGUGUCACUGUCAGCCCUUUUUAAGCAUCACAGUACGAUAACCAACUGCCUCAUUAGAUUCUACAAUUCCAGUGUUUUUUUUU